UUCAAAAAAAAAAAGAUUCUAAUUUCUGUAAAGAUUUUCUAUCCAAAACGAUUUACAGGAAAAUUUUCCAUAGUACAAAUGUUGAUUUUUAUACACCCAUCGAUUUUUGUUUUUGUUUUUGUUUUUUUUUCGAUUUAAUUCAAUUUUUCUGUAAUUCAGCUUUUCUAAUUAAUUAUGUAAAAUUCAGAAAAACUUUAGAAUAAUUUUAAAGAAUUUACAACCAACCAAACAAACGAAUAAAUCAAUCAUGAGCGUUCCUGAUUAUGAUCAAUUCAGUGAAGAUCAUCAAUCGUUGUUGAUUGUUGUCAAACCGAUCGGUCCACAAAUGAAUCAACAAUUAUUCGAUUUAAUUUAUAAAAAUAUAAUCAAAUUAAAUGAAUUAAAAAUAUUGAAUAAUAAAAUUAAUGGAUUCGAACGGCAAAUACGUAUACGUUAUAAACAAUCAUAUUCAAUUGAUAAUAAUGAUUGGGGUGAUUUUCAAGCACAUCGUAAAUUAAUUGGCCUGAUAACCAUAGCACAAUCAUUUAAUAAAAAUGAAAUUGAAUCCAUUAGUGAAUUACAUAAAACAAUUCAUGAUACCUAUACAAAUACAUUGUUUGAUUCGAAAUGUUUUAUUAUACAAAAUUUACAAUCGAAUGAUGAAUCAAUCGAUGAAUCGAAGCCAGGCGAUCAAACAUCGAAUGAAAUUGUUGAUGAACCUUCAAUCAAUGGUGAUAAUGAUGAUAGAAAAAUUACCGAAACAACAACAACAACAAAUUCAGCCAACAAUUUAGCUAAUAAUGAAAUUGAUCCAAUACUUGAUUUUGAUAUUGGUGGACAACUUUAUAUUACAUCUGAUCAUACUUGUUUUACAAGCCGUGUAAAUCGUUUAUCAUCAUCAUCGUCGUCGUCUGCAUCAUCCAUAUCAUCGAAAAAUUCUCAAUCGAAUCUUUCAACACCAACCAAAUCAAAAUCAAAUGAUAAAAUUUUAGUGGAAUCAAAAGAUAAUUAUUCAUUACCACCGAUAAUCAAUGAUAAUGAUGGUGAUAAUAUGAUUCUCAACGAUAAUUCUCAACGUAAUCGUCAACGUACACAUUCUCGUAAUAAAUCAUUGGAUUCAAAAUUGUUAUCAAUAACAAACGAUAAUGAUUCUCAUGUUUUACAUUUAUCAUCGAAUGAUUUGGCGCAGCAAACAACAUCGACGACGACACAUAAACGUGCUCAUUCUUCAUCGACAACAUCGUUGUCCCCGCCAUUAUCAUCGUCUAACUGUGAUCCAUCAAUCAGCCAUCAGCAUCAUUCAUCUGCAAAUGAAUUUAUUCAAUUUGAAUCAAAUGAACAAUGUUGUCAAGAAAUUCAAUUGAAAACAAAAGAUUUUUUAAAUGGUCUGUUUUGGACACUGGAAUCAAAACGUUUAGAUAAAACAAGAGAAAAAAAAGAUAAAAUACCAUUAUUAAUGGCACCAUGUGAAAAAAAAGAUUUAAUUGGUUUAGAUACGGAUACACGAUCGUUUCGUAGAAAAUGUUUGGGUCGUAUGCAAAAACAUAUUGCCGAUCUUUCAUUGAUGACUGGUUUACCACAAGAAUCAUUUUUAAAUUAUAUAACUGCUAUUGAAUAUCUUAAAGGUGUUAAUGAUAAAUUAUGGCUUGCAUCAGCAUAUGAAGGACUUUGUUCAGCAUCAUUAGUGUUAUUAUUUCCAAAACGUUGGCAGUAUAUUCAUAAACUUCGACAUGAAUAUUCAUUCAAUUCAAAUGGAUUGAUUAAUGAUUUAUUAUCAAGAAAAGAUUAUGAAAUAGCACGUACUGAAUUAGGUCGAUCAAUGAAACAAAUUGCAUUGGAAGAUUCCCAGAUUGAUCAACAAAUCAUAACAAAUAAAAUAUUAAUGAAAAGUAUACUUACGUUUGAUCAAUUUUAUGAUAAAUAUAAAGAAGCUGCUUCAAAUUAUGCAUUGUAUCGUGGUGCGGCUGUCAUUGAAUUUGAAUGUAGUUUUAAAGCGGCAAAAACAUUAACAUUUUUUCGCCGUUAUUUAAAAGCAUCGGAUUUCAUACAGAAUGCUGUAUUUAUAUCAUUAAAUCAAUCGAUUGAAGAUCAGAUCGAACGUUUACUUCGUAUUUCACAACUAUACGAAACGAUUGGUUUUUAUCGAAAAGCAGCAUUUUUUAAACGUUUUGCAGCAUUAAAAACUGUUUCACAAGCAAAAAAUUUAGAUUGGGAAAAAUGUUAUUUUCUACUUUUACCUGCAUUGUAUGGUUAUGGUUUAACAUUGAAUCCAAAUGAAUAUGAUGAACGUUUAAAAUGUGGUAAUAUAAAUUGGUCAGCCAUACAUGUACAAUUAUUACAAGAAAUUAUAACUACAUCAUUAAAAAUGCAAAAUGAAACAUUAGCAAUUCGUCAUUUAAGUUUUAUGUUACAAUGUUUAUUUACAAAUAUAACAGCUAAUCAACGACAAGAAUUUGCAACAAAAUUAUCAUCAUUAUCAACGAAAUGUGGUGAAGGUUCACCUGUACCAUUAAGAUUAACAAACGGUGUAACGAUACCAUCGGUAAAUUUUACUAAAUUUCCAACGGUUGUUUAUUUUAAAAUUGAACCAUUAAAACCGUAUCUAAAACUUUAUAAACUACGAUAUAAUCAUAAUGAUAAUGAUGAAGAAACUGAAUAUAAAUAUUCUGGACCAUUCAUAUAUACACCAUUACAAUUGAAUCGAUCACCCGAAAGAAAUAGUUAUAAAAAUGCAAAUUCUGUUACGAAAAUGAAUUUUUAUUGGUCUGAAGGUCAUAUUGGUUCAAUAUCAUUAAGUUUACAUAAUUAUCUACCUAUCGAAUUGAAUAUAACGUCAAUAAUAAUGAUGACUGAUGGUGUUGUAUUCGAACCAAAACAUGAUACAUCAUUAAAAAUACAACCAAAUUCAACAUGUACAAAUAUUUCAUUGACCGGUAUACCUCGGUCAUCCGGUAUAUUAGAUAUACUUGGUUAUAAAAUUCAUACACUUGGUAUAAAAUCAGAUUGUCAUUUGAAACAAUUACCGAAUGCAAAAAAAUUAAAAUUACCAUCAAAAUUUACUGUUGAAAUUGUACAACGUUUACCAUUAAUGUGUGCACAAUGUACAAAUGCUAUGGAUUUAAAUGAUGAUAUUUGUUUGGCUAAAGGAAUUAAUAUUAUUAACAACAAUAUUAAAGAUAUGUUCCCGGAUUGUUAUAUUGGUAAUUCAAAUUUUAUUUCCCUGUUUGAAGGUCAACAAAAAAAUUAUCGUAUAAAAUUGACCAAUAUCAGUACGAAUAUGGAUGAAUUGAUUGAUUUGAUUAAUAUGAAAAUUAUCUAUCCAAAACAACAAAAUCAUCAUCAUCGAAAUAAGCAAAAGAAACAGAAGAAAAAUUUUCAUCUAGAAAAAAAUCUUAUCGAUAUUGAAUGGGAUAUUGAAAGGAUUGAAAAUCAAUUACCAUUUGGUCCUGGUUUAUCAAUUGAAUUUGAUAUAAAAUUAUCGGCUAAAGGUGAUUUUAUACUGGCGGCUAAAUCGUUAAAUAAUGAUCAAAAUGAUGUUAAAAGCAAUAAAUUUACAAAUAUUAAUGAAUCUGGUAUUCAACAACAACAACAACAACCGACAACAACAAUAAAAAAACAACAAUUAUUAGGAUCGAAAAAAUUGGCCAAUUUUAUUAAUGAACUGCAAUCAUCAAGAAAAAGUUCAAAUGAUCUUUCAACAACAACAAUGUUGAUGACGAAUAACAACAACAACAACAAUUUUGUAACAAACAAAAUGGAUGAUGAAAUGGAUUUUUCCGAUGAAAUUUCACAACCAAAACUUGUUGAAUUAUGUUUACAAUUAGAAUAUAGUGGUGGACCGGGAUUAAAUUCUGGAUUUUGUCGUCGUGUAAAUAUUUAUUUUAUUAUUGAAAUUAAAUCAUCAAUUCUAAUUACACAUUGGGAUGUUAUACAAGCUGAACAAAUGGAUGAAUGUUAUUUAGUAUUCGAUACAUUGAAUGCAACCGAACAAGAAAUUAAUCUAAAUUAUUCAACGAAUAAAGAAAUGUUAAUUGAACCAAAAGAAAAAUGUCGUAUACCUGUACCAAUUAAGCGUUGUCCAUUAAAUCUUGCCAAUAAUGAUGAUAAUAAUGAUGAUUGUAAACUAAUUCAAAAAUCAUUAUUACAAAAUCAUCAUCAUAGUAAUAAAUCAACAACAACCACGACAACAAAAAAUAUUGAUUUUUUAACAAAUAUUUUUCCAACUGAUGAAAAAUUAGAAGCAAUAUUAUUAAAAUGUAAACAACAUUUAUUAAAACAAAUUAAUUUACGUUGGAUAAUGCAAAAUAAUGAUCAUGAUGAUGGUAUAGUGUUUGUUGAAAAAGUACCAUAUUCUAAUGAAUUACUUAAAUCAUUGCUGAUACCGCCAAUACAAAGUGGUAAGGUUUUUUUUUUGAUACGUUUAUAUUUGGUUUAUUAUCAAGAUUAUCAGAAUGUUUCGCUGACAAAUAAACAUAAUUAUAAUAUUAAUGAUAAAAUAAUUAUUAAUGGUUGUGAAUCAUUAUGUAUUAAUGAGUUACAAACAAAAAAAUCCUAUCAACAUAAUUGUGGUCUAAUAUUUUUAUAUUCAGGUGUUUAUAAAUUAGAAAUUUGCUGUUUACCUGAUGAAAAAUAUCAACAAAUUUUAAUGAAAAAAGGAAAUGUUCGUUUUAAUAACAACCAAAACGGUGAUGAUAAUGAUAAUGGUGAUCUAGAUAAUCAACAUAAUUCAUUAUUCAAAUGUUUGCAUACGAUUGAAAUAACUGUUGAUGAUUGAAUCGAAUUGCAACAACAACAACAACAAAAAUACUCUUCCAAUAAUAAUAAUAAUAAUGUGAUAAUCAAUCAAAAAAAAAAUUA